AUGUACAAAACAUACUCGGAGAUACUUCGCGAAGAAAGUUGUAAGCUGGCUCCUGAACGCAAAGUUUCAAUGCAACUAGAUGAGAAGCUACACAAAGAGUAUCAGCGCAUGCAACGUUCGACGAACGCACUGGCCGAAUUCCGACGAAACCUACCAGUAUACGCUUCACGCACUGAACUCCUGGAGAUGAUCGAGCGGCAUCAGGUUAUUCUGGUGAAAGGGGAAACCGGAAGUGGCAAAACCACGCAAAUUCCUCAGUACAUUCUUGAGCAAGCCUCGUCCUUGCGUAAAGGCAGUCGUUGCCGUAUUCUGUGCACUCAACCACGUCGUAUUGCAGCAAUAACCUUAGCAAGACGCGUCGCAAAAGAAAGGAGCGAACGGUUAGGUCACUCGGUCGGUUACCAGAUACGGCUCGAAGGGGAAAGGCCACGGCCGAAUGGAAGCAUUAUGUUUUGCACGACUGGCAUCGUUCUGUCGAUCAUGCAGUCUGAUCCUCUGCUGCGAGAAUAUUCUCACCUCGUGCUCGACGAAAUCCAUGAGCGAGAUGUAAUCACAGAUCUAUUGUUGGCCAUUAUUCGAAUGGUUCUUCCGUACCGUAAAGACUUACGUGUGAUAUUAAUGAGCGCCACAUUGAUGGCCGAAAAGUUUUCCGAGUACUUUCACCGCUGUCCGAUGGUGCAAAUACGAGGCAUCACUUAUCCUGUCCUAGAACUCUAUUUGGAAGACGUUUUGGAUACACUGGACAAAUGUCCCACCCUCCCCCGGAAAGAGAGAGCUUUUGACUCUCAAAUCAUUCAAUAUCAAUACAGAUUGGUGGAGCAAUACAUUGCCUUAGCCCUUGAGACUUUGUGCUCUUUUGAGCUCGACCAAAACAAGUUAAUCGUCAGGCUCAUCUGGUACAUCACUACUACGCAACCGGAAGGAGCAAUUCUAGUGUUUUUGCCAAGUGUGGCACAAAUACACGAAAUUUAUGAAAUGGUCCGCAAGGACUCCCUACUGUCGGAGUCGGAGUCGAAGUUUGUCGUCCAUUUGCUUCACUCAAAACUACCGACGGCAGAGCAGCAAAUGGCGUUCGAUAGUCCACCGGAUGGCACGAGGAAAAUCAUCCUUUCGACGGACAUCGCCGAAACAUCGGUCACCAUUGAAGAUGUCGUUUACGUCGUGAAUACCGGACGGCGCAAGGUGCAGAAAUACGAGAACAACAUUUUGAUGCUACACGAAGAGUGGAUCUCAUUGGCCAACGAAGUUCAGCGAAAGGGACGUGCUGGUCGCGUAAAGGAAGGAACUUGCUACCAUCUUUACUGCCGAGCCCGGCAACGCACGUUUCGGGAGAACGCAUCGCCGCAGAUUCUCAACGUAGCCCUCGAUAGAGUCAUUGUGCAAAUGAAAUUACUUCGUCUCGGUGACGUGCGCCGCUUCAUGAGCCUAUUGUUGGACAAACCAUCUGAGGCCACGAUUCAAGCGUCGCUGCAGAUGCUCCACCGACUGAAUCUGAUUGAUGACGAGGAGCAACUAACCCCCUUAGGAUAUCAUCUGGGCCGUCUUUCACUGGAUCCACAGGCUGGCAAAAUGGUGCUGCUGGCAAGUAUUUUCGGCUGUAUUGAACCGAUCAGCUCGAUUGCCGCCAGCUUGUCAUUCAAAGAUCCGUUUUCUAAACCAUUCGACAAAGAUGAAGAAGUCUUGCGAGCCCGCAGAUGGUUUAGUUACCGUGAAAACAGUGACCACAUCAUGCUGGCAAACGUAACGGCCAGAUGGCGUCGUCAGCGCGAGAUUUGCAAACGUAACUUCAUCAACAGUGACACAGUGUAUCGGCUGAUCACUGUACAGGGAAAAAUCUGCACAUACCUGUACAAGGCUGGCUUCUUGAGCUGGACCGAAAGGGACAACAAUCUUAAUGCGUCCAAUAACGAGUUGCUGAAAGCCAUCAUUGCGGCUGGACACUACCCAAACGUAGCCUUCGUGAAGAGCGCAUUUCCUCAUCCGCGGUUUUCGGGCGUACGUCGAAAGGCGAAAAUAAUUGUUAAUCAACCCACUGCAGACAAUCGAAGCGCAUCGCACGGAAUAGAGGUACAGAUAGAUGCGGAAUCGGUAAUCGCCAAAAAAACGUUCUUCGAGUCGUGUUUCGUUGUUUACAACAAUAUUGUAAAACAUUCGUACCAGUCCGCUUACAUCAUCUCUAAGACCACGAUGGUGAAUCCGAUGCCAUUGCUCUUUUUUGGCGAUUGUAGUCAUGUAACAGUAAAACCAAUACAUGAAAAGGGUAACUACAUGUUGAAUAUAACGAUUGCGGGCCAUCACUGUAUGCAAUGUGAUCGGCAAACUUUUGCCCUAAUUCAGGACCUCCGGGAGGAAUUCAAUUUCUUCCUACAGGGGAAACUCGUCCAUCCUUCGCCAGUGAACUGGGCCUCAAGAGAAGGAGAUUUGCUACGGGCUGUUAUAAAGCUGAUAACAUUCGACUUCGACACGGAUUAA